AUGGAAAAAAUAAUCCGUGAUAGAUCGAUUGAAUUCUGGCUCAGAUACAAAGUAUUUAAUCAAAACCAGUUUGGUUAUCUGAGAAAUAAAUCUACUCUGUCUCAGUUGCUGUUGUGUUAUAACGAUUGGGCUCAAGCUAGGAACGCCAAGAUAACAACCGAUGUAUUUUUUUUUAGAUUUCCCAAAAGCGUUCGACACAUCGUACCUUAUGAGCCUGUAUUACAUAAAUUGGAGCAGUAUGGGAUUAGUGGAGUUUUGCUGAACUGGUUUAGGAAUUUCCUUACCAAUCGAUCACAAUGCGUUGUAGUGAGAGGUUCCUUUUCAACUUGGACGAAAGUAACAUCAGGGGUACCGCAAGGAACGAGUUUGGGUCCGAUUCUCAUUUUAACAUAUAUCAACGAUUUCCGUAAUGGAAUCUCGAGUCCCACUAAACUAUUUGCGGAUGACACAAAAGUGUAUCGCGGUUUAAUCGACCUAGAGAAAGAUAAGCAAAUCCUCCAGUCGGACUUAGAUCGUAUGACAUAA